GUGUUCGUAGUAAUAAUACUUAAAAUGACAGUUAGUUAAAAUAGAAAUAGAAAUAGUUAGUUAAAACAGACUAGUUAAAAUGACACAGUAUGGAUGUUUUUGUAUUUUCAUAAGUGUCCAAGCCUCCUUUUCCAAAAUGAAAAUCUACAUAAAAAUACAAUUUUAAAGAUAUAAUUGACGUCAUAAUUUCCAUCCUCCUGCCGACGGCCGUCUUAAGAAAAAACAGAAGAUGAAAUGUGAAACCUGAUGAAAACAAAAUUAAUGAUUAUUUUGAAAAACUAAAACGUUGCUAAAACAUCAGUAAAUUAAUCUACCUUUUUGAAAAUAACUCAAGAGCUACUAGAUUUAAACCCAAAUCAAACAGCAUUUAGUUACAAAUAAUUUUGUUUAAAACCUUUUUACUAUUUUUCUUUCUUUUUGGUUUCCAAGAUCGCAAUACGUUAACCUUCAAAUCCUGAUUCACCGUAUAUUUUUAAAUCUUGAUUAAGUAUACAAAAUCAAUCAUUAAAGUUCAUAACUAUGCUGUUUAAAAGAUAAAAACAUUAUCAAUUUCACCUAUAUCAAUUCCGUAAAUCAGCUGAUAUCUGUAACUGAUUAUCUACAUUGAAGGCCACGCCAUAUAGUAAUUUAAAAUAAAUUUCUAUCAUCAUCUUCGGUCAAUGUUAUAAUCACACAUGCUGGGAAUCGGCAUGGAACGUAUUUUAUUAUUAAAUUUAUUUUUAGCAUCACUAUUUUAAUAAUGAUUUGGCUGUAUACUUUGUUCGCCUUGGAGGUUUUGAAUAUAGCAGUCUUUCUUCCAGUCUUUGGUGCAUUUGCUAGAUCCCUGGGUGCAACACCAUCUACUCUUAGCUUUAUAGACUCAAGUUGUGCUUUGAUUACUCUACUUUGGAACCCGAUUAUUGGAAGUUUAAGUGACCAGAUUGGUAGGAAAGGGCUUUUGAUAAAAUGUUUAGCAGCAAGUGUGACCGGCAGUAUUAUUAUGGCUGCAUCUCCUUCUCUACUAGUAGUUUUUGUAGGGCGGCUCAUUGGAGCAUUGGGUGGGUCAGUAGGGAUCCUUUUAAGAUCUAUCGUAGGAGAUAUUUUUGAAUCACCAGAUGACAAAAAGACAUUCUUUAGCCAGAGCGCGCCGUUUAUUUCAGUGGCCUUUUUAGUUGGUGCACUGUCAGGUGGGUUUUUAAGUGAAGCACAACAUGGCUAUAGACUAUCAUUUUUACUUAUGGCGAGUGUUAUGGGGACUGCUGCCAUCUUGGCCCAGUGCUUUAUACCAGAUGACACAAAAACGAUACCCGAAAAAUCGUCUAAAAAUAAGAAAAAUGAAUCCCUUUUAAAAAGUGGCCUAAAUGAACUAAAAACUGCCUCUGCCGAUAUAAAAAGCUUAUCCUGGUCUAGAUACAAAACCAUAUUCAUCAUUAAAGCAUCUUAUGACUUUGCCACUUCUUUAAUUAUGACCAAUGUUGGUUUAAUUCUAUUAAACGAAUAUGAAAUUCAAGGACGUUAUUUGGGUUACACAUUCUUACUUAUAAGUGUUAUUUCUAUAAUAGCAAAUAUACUACAGCUAAGACUUAAAAGCAUGUUUGAUAAUAUCUCAGAUUAUGAAAUUUUAAUGAAAGGAGGUUUGGUAAUAAUAGUAUCUUUUAUUGGAAUGAGCAUAGCCAGUUCAGUUUUUGUAUUUUUGUUUUUCCUAGCAGGCAUGUUUUUAAUUAAAGCUUUUGUGGAUACGAUAUUAGUUCAAAUGAUAACCACAAAAACUGAAGAAAAUGAUCGCGGAAAGGUUAUUGGAGCAUUUGAAAAUCUCGUGCCCCUAGCAGGUUUUUUUGCACCACUGGUGUGUGGGCUAUUGACUGCAAUCUGCGGCCACAGGUUAUUAAUAUUGUCGGCAUCAUUGCCAUUGAUGUAUUCUAUAAUUAUUGCUAAAAAUAAAAUAGAAUAAAUUAGUUCUUGUAAUUUAUUAAUAAAGAAACAUUGUUAAAUUACA